AUGCCACACACCGCUUCCGAUCAAUGGCGCUCCGCUGAGUCUCUGUUAGAGCACCUGCGUUCCGUUUGCGACGAAGAAUCGGGUGAUCUGCUCAAACUUGACCAACACGAGAGUGAAGUCAUGGUGAGUGGAUGGUGGAUCUGGUGCACCGCACAUGCUCGCAGCUAAUCGCUGGUCAGCGUCUCGCCGUGCGCAGCUUUUAUUCAGCGAGAACCUGCCUGCGCUGCAUGACGCAUACAUCGAUGCAGGACUGCCAUUGCCUGCCACCGCUCCAUGCUCCACCACAAUGCCUGCUUAUGCCAACACCACCAGUGUUCGAGCGAGCCCUCACCCAGUGCGAUUCGAAGGAGCUAGAGUACCUUUUUUGCCAGCCAGCUCGAGGAGUCACACAAGCCAGAACGCCAAACAGAAACAUUCCGAACUCUCCUCUCGCUUGCAUCGGUUCUGCGACGUCGUGAAAGCACGAGCUCAAGAGGCGCUGCAAGAAUUAGCUGCCAAUACUAGCCAGGGUAAGACCAGUGAGUCUCGUGUCCGAGUCCUCCCACUGAGACGCUAGCCUCGUGCCCAAUCGUCCGCAGAUCUUGAAGACUUGUCUCUGUCGUCGUCUUCGACCGUCGAACGUUGCGGUGCUGGCAGUCAGGAUAGCGGCGUCGCGGGAGGGAGUAUGGGAAACGACGAUUGCAGUGCCGAUCAGAUGUCGCAAGCUGUGCCUCUGCCGCUUGCCCCUCUCCCAAUUUUUGGCAGACUAGAGCACCAUGAACCGAGAUCAACUUGGCAACGACGUAGGCCCUCUCCUGAAUUCUACGAUGCUCUGGAUGAUGAUCCCAUUCCAGAAGAUCGCCCUUCACCCACAAAGAAGGUCAAGAGAGAUGUGCAGCCUCAAACAAGUACCGUGAAUGCGAUGGGCACAGCGCGCACCUCUUCGCCGACUCAAUCACCUUCCAUCGGCCCACAUUCGGGUCGCUCUGCCGCUUAUCGCAUCGCUGAUCCUGGACUGCUUCAGCGACGCCUAGACCCGAAUGCCCGUUCACCUCAGGGUGUCCCGUGGCUCAUACAAUUCUACCUAGCCGGUCUGGUGUCGAGGAAGCGGCUUGACUGGGACAAACUUUCGAGGUCUGAUCUUCUCAAGCAAUUGCGGCAGCCGACUGCCAUGGAUGCGGUUGAGCGGUUGCUGCAGCCAGCCAAUCGCGCUCUCUUGUGGAAAGGCUCCCUGGAUGGGUGCCCCUUCCCGAAGAGCGUUCUCUCCGCUUUCAAGCAGUAUGACGAGGAGCGUUCCUCGGGACAGAAGGGCCGCAUCUGUCUUCGAGGCAUAGUCGCGAACGAGGCCUCAGAACGCUUCUCCGUCAGGCUAGCGCCGCCAAAGCUGUCCCCGAGCACAAGGGUGAGUCGGUAUGGACUCAAAAUAGAGUCUUUAUGUUGACACUCCACUUCCAUCAGGUUACCAGAAGGUUCGGCAGCACUAGCGUUCUCCGCCUGCGCUUCGAUGAGAAGACGGCCAAAAGUGUGUGGGACCCAAAGCAGGCCAGAGCGUUGCGAGAUUUCCUCUGCCUGCCCAUCAUCCUAUGUGGUCGUACAUAUCGCGCUUUCACAGUGCGCGACGGAGCUGUGCUAUUCUUUGCCAUUGACGGUGCCGCUCUGCCACCCGACCAUCCACAGUGCAUAUGGGAGCUGUACAGCUGGAUGGGAGAGUGGCGGCACAAUGAGGAGUCUUUGCUCGUCAAGUAUCUGAGUCGAGCAGCGCUCAUCACCUCAAAGACGGUCGCCGGCGUCAUCAUUCCUCAGAUCCACUACGAACAGGAUCUCGAGAAUACAGAAGCUGGAAAUGUCGGAAGCGUCAUGACGGAUGGCGCCGGCUCGAUCACGAGAAGUGCUCUGUGCGCCCUCGCCCAGGAACUUGGUCUACCUACAAUCCCUGCAGCUUUUCAAGGCCGAUUUGCUGGUGCCAAAGGCGUGUGGUAUGCCGAUGUCGCCAGCACCACGGCGAGCGCGCUCUCCAUCACUUGCCGAGACAGUCAGGUGAAGCUGAAAUUGGGAGAGGCAUCCCUUCGAGACCCAUCUCACAACACCUUUGAUAUCGUCACACCUGCUCGAUCGAGUCUUCCGAGCAAGCUUUCCAAGCAGGUGAGACGGCGCAAUGGUGAAAGCCGCCAUUAUCGGCUGAAGUCGGCCUCUCCGCUUUCCACAGAUUAUUUUGGUGCUGGAACACAAUGGCGUCAGUCCCUCGACCAUCGUCGACUUGCAGACCGCCCAGCUUGAAGCGAUCGCCGGCCGUCUCUGCCUCUUACAGAGCGAGAACGGGUCUUCGGAUUCGAUGCGUGAGCGUCUAGCUAAAGAGGUCGACAUGCUAGGAGGUGUGACUGCUGCGCGGGCACGCCAUGCAGCACCGUGCGAUGCCAGGGCCAAAGGCCUCAGCAGAUUCAGUGCAGACUCGGAUGAUGAAGAUUUGAGCGAUGAUGACGAUGACGCGCCUUCCUCCACCACGAUGGCACCUUCUGCAAGUAGCGACGACAGCGCCGCUGAAUUAUGCUAUCGAGCACGAAGCUUGGGCGUCCAUCAGAGAGCUUAUGAUGCGCUCAUCUCUGGUUUUGAGCCUGCAAGCUGUGCUAUGCUUGCCAGGGCCCUGCGCGACGUCUUGCAAGUGGCUUUGCAGACCAUCAUUCGUGACUUUGCGGUGAGAGCAGCUCGUCGCGCAUCUUUACACACCUCUUGCUCAGAUGACGAGCACUGUUUGACAGGUCCCGGUCGCGCAAAGCGCAGAAGCGAUCGUGAUUCCCGACCCUGCGGGCGUUCUAGAGGAGGGAACCAUACACUUUGGAUUUGGUGAUCAAGCUCCAACCGACCCCGUCACCGGCAUGCGCGUAGGAGUGCUCGAUGACAUGGAUGUCCUCGUUACGCGUCACCCAUGCCUUCUUCCGACGGACAUUCAAAAAGUCAGAGCCGUCAGUCAUCCAGCCUUGGCGGCGUAUCCGGACGUCGUCAUUUUCAGUACGAAGGGUCAGCGGCCUCUUGCCGACAUGCUGAGCGGCGGAGAUUACGAUGGCGAUCUCGUCAGGGUGUUUUGGGGUCCCUUGACCGACGACUUUAAGAACGCACCUGAGCACUUUUCGUGUGCGGAUCCCUCUUGGCAACAGCAAUUCUUUAGGAAGGACAGCCGCAAGGUCUCGCACUUUAUCGAGUCGACGCUACGAGGGGCAAGGGACACCGAUGCGAGGGAUGCCAGAUUGUGCAACGUCAUUUUGGACUCGCUGCUGAGACCGGACUUUCGUGGCGUGUAUGGUCAUUUGCAUCAAGUCGUUCAGUACGAGCAAGGCACUGACUGCGACAAGGCCAAAGAAUUUGCUUUCAAGUGUGAGAGAAUAGAAAGUCGUUGUCAUGCGGUUACCACUCCGACUGACACUUUGGAAUGCUCGCACUCAUACUAGUCAACAACAGCAUGGAUGGAGGCAAGACGGGUCUGACGAUCAAGCCAGAGGUGUUGAGUCGAGACAAGCGCGAAUUUGAUCGCAAAUUGCCGGAUUGGUUCAGGUGGGUCGAAGCGCGGAUGAUCAAGCCAAUGCGGCACAGCUGACAGUCGCUGCGAUGGAGUCUUGCAGCAGGCAUACGUCGGCCGAUGAUGGUCGAAGAGAAGCCCAGCGCGCUUCGCACCUUCCUCCGUACAUUCUUUCGACUCUUGCGGCAGCCGGCGAGAAAGUGAGCGCAAGAUUACGAAGGCUCGGUGCGCAGGAAACUGACCAAUUUGUUGCUGUUUGUCAUUAGACGAGCCGUGCUAUACAGAUCAAAUACCGCCAGGAUCUCGAGGAAAAGGCAGCCGUGGAAGUCGACGCAGACUUGACCGCGCCAUGGUUAGAGGCUAUGACAAAGGGACGUUUACCAGAGUCGCAGAAGAACGCCAUCUUGCAUCACGUUCGGGAGACCCUGAAAGCCUACAGAGACUUGAAACGAUCUUUGGCAGCAGACGCAUCUCGAGAUGAGCGGAGGCGCAACUUUGAAGGAGAAGAUAGGAUCACCCGAUCACCAACGAAGAAUAGGGCGCCAUCAUCACCUUCACAUCCCAGAUCAAGCUCUAGCGCAUCGCCUAGGACUUUUGAGGAGCUCGAAGCGUACUUCCACGCGUGGCCCAGCACACCCUCUGCUUGGUCCAUCGCGAACAUCGACAAGGACAAAGCGGCCGCUCCGAACCCUUUGUCUCUGCUCGAUGCUCAAGAGCUGCAGAGGCUCACGAUCAUCAUUACGAGCUGCGCUCAUCUGCUCGGUGCCGAGGCUAAGCAGCCCUCUUUUGGCUUCGACGUUGCCUGGAAUACGACGCUUGGCAUCAAAGCACAAGCCGUUGGCACUCGUACCGGUGCCGGCACCUUUACCACGUGAGUCGAAUCGUGAAUCCGACUCGUCUCGCUUGCGGUCUCGCAGCGCCCUAGCAUUUUUCUUUUGCGUAUCGCUGAUGAGAUGCAUCUCUUCGAAUCGCAGACCCAACACUACGGCGAUGAAGAUGAAGAUCGGAAGACUCUACUAG